AUGGCAUUGGUUCCUAGGUCCCUACCACCCAUCCAUCUCGAAGGAGCAACUCUUGAAGGCGGAGGCCAAUUACUCCGAAUAGCUCUGGGCCUUUCCGCUCUCAGCAAGAAACCAAUCAGCAUCAGCAACAUCCGUGGAUCGCGUUCAGGUGGUGGUGGCCUAAAGGCUCAACACUUGACCAGCGUACAAUGGCUUGGCCAAGCCUCUAACGCGCACGUCACUGGUGCCGAGCUGAAGAGCAGGGACAUUACCUUUAUCCCAAGCGCAAGCGAAGGACCCAAGAAGGCCCCUCAAACAGAAGACAUACAUAUCAAACAGACCACUCCUGGCAGUGUUAAUCUGGUUCUCCAAGCCAUCUUGCCAUAUCUUCUCUUUUCCGACUCUCCCUCGCCGAUACGCGUCAAGAUUGUAGGCGGGACUAAUGUAUCCAAUUCGCCGUCAUGCGACUACAUUACCCAAGUCCUGCUACCAACACUGGAGCUGAUCGGCAUACCACGCAUUAGUACGCAACUGCACUCGCGAGGCUGGUCGACCGGUACCACGAAUCUCGGAAGCGUUACCUACAUUAUCACCCCGCUGAGAAGCAGCCUACCAUGCUUCCAACUGACAAACAGGGGCGAGAUAGCCCGCAUAAAAGCAACCAUCCUUGCCCCCAGAGAUACCGAGCAACAGUUCCGCGAGGAGCUAGAUGUCAUGUUUGAGCGUCGACUAUCUCGCUUUGCAGGCAACUCUGGAAGCGAGCCUGAAAUAAAUGUUACCUUUGAGGAUUCGCACCACGACAAGAGAUACUACCUCCUCUUGGUAGCCACCACGUCUACGGGCAUAAAUCUCGGUCGUGAUUGGCUGUACGAUCGUGCUGUGCGGCCUGGCAAACUCGACCACAUUGUCCCUACUAUUGUCAAAACCGUCUCUGAUAACCUACUAACUGAGCUGGAACAUGGCGGCUGUGUGGAUGAGUAUCUGCGGGACCAGCUGGUCAUUUAUCAGGCGCUCGCGCAAGGACGAAGUAACGUGUAUGGCGGAAAGAAGGCAGAUGUCUUUGUAGGCCCAAGUCUCCACGCGCAAACCGCGCAAUGGGUGGCCAAGCAGAUACUUAGCGUCGAGUUUGAUGAGCAAGGUGCAUGUGAGGGCAUUGGGUAUGACCCUCGUAGCAAGGUGAAAGGUGAAGAGUUGGUCCAGGGAAUGGAGAAACUUGACAUCGCAAGCACGUAAGGCUUGUUCCGCCGUUCGCUGGAUCUGCGUUUGACUCUCACACUGCAUUGCAAACACAUCAAAUUCAGAAUCCGAUCGUCGUAUAUUUUCCAGUCAUCCUCCU